GGAGAAGCAGAAUCAGCUUCCAACGACAGGAAGGGACAUGAUUGUUGGGAAAUACAACUUGCUUCUGCAAAAGAUAUAGGCCCUAAGUAGUAUAUACGACUCAUAUCAUUUUGAUCUUGGUAUGAUCCUAUAUCAAUCAAUCAAUCAACAAGGACUUGUAUAGCGACUAUAUCCACGCAGGCAGAUCAUUUUCUUCAAAGUUAAAUAAUCGGUGCAGUAUCAUAAUUACUUGAGGUACAGAAUCUGGAUUAUCUUCAUCAAUUUGGAGAGAGAGAGAGCUUUCUGAACGUUACAUAUUAUUAAUUUUAGGAAAGGCUCAACAAUGCUCAGUAAAAAAAUAUCAAAGGUAAUAUUCGGAUUACUAACUCUGAUCAAACUUGGUUCAGGUAUUCCUGUCUACCGUGGAGGAGCGCGCCACCCCCUGAGAACAGCCACUUACGACAGACUUAUAGAACAUCUAUUCAAAAAUCGAAUCGAACGUCAUCUGAGUACACAAAAGUGUGCUGAACAAGAUUUGAUCAAACAACAACAUACUGGAAUAGCAAUCGAUAUUUCACAGAUGGUUGACCUAGAAAAUUUUGAUUCAUCAUCAUCAUCAGACUCAUCAUUGGGAUCGUCCGCCUCGCUGCUGAGAAGCAGCAGGUCAUCGGAUGACCGUAACCAAUCAUCUCUCAUGGUCCUCACAGAGACACAAAAAAUGGAAGUUCUCAGCGUUUACGGCAGUUAUUUCCAAAACAGUUCUCGUAUGGCUGCAAACGAGGAGUCAACAGUUGCGAUCCACACAGACAGUAUUGCUACAAAACGAGAAUCAGGUCCUUUUAAAGUCGAAGUGUGUCCACGUGUAGAAACCUGGGAAACGUUAUAUUUAGCGAAAACCGAGGAUGGCAAACUGGUCCAAAUUGUACAGUUUCCAGAGAAUGGUAUGGAACAAUGGUUUUUGAAUGAGGAUUGUUCUGCACCUGUAUCAAAUGUUAUAAACAAUGUCAGCUGUGAAGUCAGAACACGUCUGGUCCAAGCCAUCGUUAUUGAUCAGAAGUCCAGCAGCGUAAAACAGCAACACAUCCAAGUGAAAAGUUGUGCUGCUCAUACGUUUCUUUGAUUCUGAGUUUGUUUGUUUGUUUGUUUGU